GGGCCGCCGGCCUGGCCUCGCGUUUCGCACCCAGCACCCAGCACCGCCGCGGAGGAGACCUUCGGCUCUUCCCCACGAACCGCCUGCUUAAACGGCCGAGCGGCCCGCGCUCCCCACACCGCGGAGGACAGCCGUCAGGCCAAGGGACUAUAUGGAUGCUACUCUGCCUGCUGUUGCUGAGGAACUUCUGAAUGAGAUAAGUUCAGCUUUCAAGGAGACGUCACAAAUUCCUGAUGAGCUGUUAUUGGCGCUGAAGUUUGUGUUCGGCUCAUCUGCUGUCCAGGCUUUGGAUUUAGUCGAUCAGCGUUCUGUCACUCGAGUCUUGGCUCCUAGUGGAAGAGUAGUAUACCAGGUGGUUGGAAGUUCUGGCAAAUUGUAUACCUGCUUUAAUUCCUGCCAUUACUGCUCAUGCCCUGCCUUUGCCUUCUCUGUGCUUCGGAAAAGUGACACCCUGCUGUGCAAGCAUCUGCUCGCGGUCUACCUCAGCCAAGCAAUGGGAAUGUCCCAAGAACUCAGCGUCUCAGAUAAGCAAAUGACCAGUAUCUUACUGAUGGAAGAGGAUCGGGAACGAUAAAAAUGGAAACCAGGCAGGGAAAGUUACUGUCUCACAGAUUCCCUCAUUUUCUUCAGGACUGCUGUGUCUGUUUACCAUUUGAAUGUUGAAAGAAACAAAAUUUGGAUUACCCUCUAUGGUAACUUACAGAUAAAGGCAAUGUUUAUUCAGCCUGAAAGAUUUACUGAGGCCCCUCUAUUUUAUCCACCUCUCUUCCAUUUUACAAGGGGUGUAACAUCUUUCUGCUCUGCAGAAAGGAUCAAUCAGUGGUAUUUGAGUGCUGGCUGUGUUUGUGUGUUUCGUAUGUUGCUGGGGUGUAUUUGUGCUACGAUAAGAGGAGCACUGAGUCUGGGCGAAUAGGUCCGGUGCACCAGGGGCUGGGUAAAAAGUCUCUUCUAGUUGAUACACCCCUUACUAAAGGUUAUCAUACUACCAGAACUGAAGUAUUUGUCCCCUGUAGGAAAACCAAAAGUUUCACAUCUGCUCAUCUGAUCCAUUCUGUGUGUGACGGAUAUCAUUUCGACUCUUGGGUGAAUGUAAAGCUUUAUAGCACCAGCCUCUGAGGAUGAAGGAAGGGGUGCACAGGAUCCAGCAGGAAAUGGGAAAUUUCAGGAAACUCUGAUCUGGUGGAGUGGGAGAGGGUGGCUGGGAAAGAGGGGAUACCUUACCGUGUCACCAAGCCAGCAAUGGGGUCACCAGGGAGGGUGGAAAGUCCAUUUUACUUCCAAUAAAGUAGAAUUCAGUCAACCGUUCUUAAUAAAACUUUUGUAUGCAUAUAACUGAUGGAGUGCACAAUUUUGGUGAUUUGGGUAAAAACAGGAUAUCCAACUUUGAUUGUGGACAGGGAUCAAUUCUACUGUACUUUCCCAAGCACUUAGUACAGUGCUCUGCACAAAGUACACAUUCAAUAAAUACCAUCGAGCAAGUGAAUGAACCAAUCCCCCCAACCCCCACGAUUAUAACACUGCUCCUAAUUCAAUCUUACAUUUCAAAAGCCACCGUUAUGAACUCUGUGUCAAAGUAACAAUUUCCUGAACCUAACUGGGUGGGGGGAGAGAGAGCCGAGGUGGUUGGGCCCAUGCCCUUUGGCUUUAAGUGGAACUCUAUGUCAAAGUAACAACUUCCUGAACCUAACUGUGGGCGAGGGGAGAGAGAGCGGAGGUGGUUGGGCCCAUGCCCUUUGGCUUCAUAUGCAAAUCAUUCGGUGUCUCAGAGAAACAACUUUCCGGUUGAAGUUUAAGAAAAAAAAGGCCAUAAUCCUCAAAAAUGUUUUUUUCAAACCUUUAAAUGCAUUUGUUGAAAAACAUUUAUCCCAUGAAAAUAUACCCAAGCAAAAUAUUUAAAUUUUCUUAACUAAUUAGCCCAGAAAUGUGUUUUCAAACUGUUUGGAAAUAAACAGCAGCUGGUUAUUAAACAAAAA